AUGUUGUCAAGAUUUCUCUAUGUUAUCAUCAACAUACUUUACAUACCUCUGUUCUUGUUUGUUCUAUACAAAGCUCUCUUUUUUCCCCCCCUUUCUCUUAGGAUAAAAUCCAUAGCUCAAUCUCUCACAGAGCUAACUUUAAGUAGCAGCAAAUUCUUGUGCUCCAAACACCACCAGUUCACAUGGAAGACGGUGGCAAAGAAAUUGGCCUAAUUCCCACUGUUGAUUGCAGCUCUGUUCUAUCUGCAUCUCCUCUCUCUCUCUCUCUCUCUCUCUCUCUCUCUCUUAUUUGUUGUUUGUGGACAGAAUCUAUUAGCUCAAUUGCUCAAUCUAUUGCAUGUAAGUAAGAACAAAUGCCACCUUCCACACAACCAAAGCAUAUAUGUUACAAGGAAGACAACGGCAGAGACAGUGAUCUUCUUCCCACCUACAUAGCUCCAUCUUCCAUCCUCUCUCUCUCUCUCUUUCUCUCUCUCUCUCUAAGUAAGAACAAAUGCUUGAGUUCCAAAUGCCACCUUCCACACUACCAAAGGAUAUAUGUUACAAGGAAGACAACGGCAGAGACAGUGAUCUUCUUCCCACCUACAUAGCUCCAUCUUCCAUCAUCUCUCUCUCUCUCUCUCGCUCGCUCUCUCUCUCUCUCUCUCUCUCUCUCUCUCUUUCUCUCGCGCUAUUGUCUUUUUUAAUACCAAAUGCACAACCAUGACAAUAAAUGCCUCCAUGCAUCCCUUGCAACCAAAGCAUCCUCUCCCCUGCCUUUGCUCUUAGCUUUUCAUGGUGCACUGUUUCAAAUGCCAUUAAUGCCUCCUCUUCUCCCUCCAUCCUCCUCCCCUCACUGCCCAUUUCAUCCCCCCUGCAGCCCUUCUCCGCUUCUCCUUUUCCUUGGGAGCCCGACUGCCCUACGCCUGUAGCGUGGAGCGCAACGACUGCACUCCGCUUCUCCUUUACAGAGACGAAGAAUGCGGGAGCUGUGUAAGAAGAGCAAAAGCCUCAGGCGCCUCCUCUCUGUCACCGUUGGAAGGAGGAGGAGCAGAGAUGAAGAGGACACGCACGAGAACGCCUCCCCGGUGCGUGAGAGCAAACAGGUGGAGCUUAUGCUCGAUGUUAGCUCGCCGCCCCUGAAACCAACUUGGAGAUGCUUCUCCUACAAUGAGAUCCACAAGGCGACCAAUGGUUUUCACCAAGAUAACUUGGUGGGCAGAGGUGGGCACGCGGAGGUGUACAGGGGCGUGAUGGAGGACGGGCGUGCGAUUGCCGUGAAGAGGAUGAUGAUAGCCGCCACGGACGAGCAGAGGGAGAAGGACUUCUUGACGGAGCUCGGCACCGUCGGCCAUGUGCGGCACCCUAAUGUGUCUGCUCUUCUCGGCUGCUGCAUCGACCGCGACCUCCACUUGAUCUUCGAGUUCUCCUCCCGUGGCUCCGUCUCGUCCAAUCUCCACGAUGAGAACUCGCCACCAAUGGCUUGGAAACUGCGGUACGACAUCGCGGUGGGCACUGCGCGCGGACUCCAUUACCUGCACAAGGGGUGCCAGAGAAGGAUCAUCCACAGAGACAUCAAGGCCUCCAACAUACUCCUCACGACCAGCUUUGAGCCUCAGAUUUCAGAUUUCGGCCUUGCAAAAUGGCUUCCGUCGGAGUGGACUCACCGUGCGGUUGCGCCGAUCGAAGGGACAUUUGGGUGCUUGGCGCCGGAAUACUUCAUGCAUGGCAUCGUGGACGAGAAGACGGACGUCUUCGCCUUCGGCGUCUUCCUGCUGGAGAUCAUAUCCGGUAGAAAGCCAGUGGAUGGCUCCCACAGGAGCUUGCUUAGCUGGGUAGAUGCAAGACCUUUUCUCGACGAUGGCAACAUGCGAGUGCUGGUCGAUCCAAGAUUAUGUGAAGACUAUGACAUGGAGCAGCUGAGAAGGCUCACCUUCUCAGCCUCUCUGUGUGUCAGAGCAGCAGCAACAUUGCGCCCCUCCAUGACCGAGUAUGAUUGUCUGCAGGUCGUGGAAUUAUUGGAGGGUGGUGAGAUUUCGCAAGAUCGAUGGACGACACCAGAGGAGGAGGCAGAGGAGGUGGAAGAAGAGUUUUGGGGCUUUGAUGAUCUCAUCAACGACGACGACGGUACUACUCCCUCAUCUUUAGGAUCUCCAAUGAGGAGUAACGUACAGAACAAGUAGCAUUUGGACAUGCGAUGUUCAUAUAUCUUAAGUUGGUAUGUUUAAGGCAUUGUAAGCCAAACUACAGCAAUAGAAUUUUAGAUUGUUGGAGCCA